AUACACUCUAUCGUUUUUAGUCAUUUUUCUUAUGUGAAAAUUUUAAUCGUCAUAUGUACAAUGAAUUUAAACAAUAUGCUGUUGAAGAUACUAAAACUGAUCAUCGGCAUAUAAAUGAAUUGUUUUUAUGAAAAAUAAUAAGCAAAAAAAUUGAGUAUUACUAUUUAUGUAUAGAUAUGGUGUUGAAUGUCUAUUUCGAUUUUAUACAUAUGGUAUAGAAAAACAUUUUCAACAAGAAACUCUUUGUGAUCAUGAAGCUGGUCAAUUAUAUGGUUUAGAAAAAUUCUGGGCAUUUUUAAAAUAUUCUCGACAGAAACCAAAAAUCAAUCCAAAACUUGAAGAGAUUUUAAAAAACUAUAAAAAUCUUGAAGAUUUUCGUGUUGAUGAUGCAUCAUUUCCACAACAAUUAUUUCUAACAAAAUCAAAUUAUACACUCGAAGCAAUUGCUGCUGCAGUAGCAAAGAAUAGUGGUACAUCAAAUUCAUUAAAACCCAAUGAAGAAUUUAGUGUUUUAGGAAGAAUUGGUAUUGGUUUAGCUAUUGUUGGUAGUGUGAUUAAUUGUAUGCUUUAUAAUGUUGAUGGUCGUCAUCGAGAUGUUAUUUUUGAUCGUUUUCAAGGUGUUGAACUAGAUGUUAUUGAAGAAAGAACUCAUUUUAUGAUUUCAUGGCUUCAUAGACCAAUUAUAUUUGAUAUUCGUACACGACCACGAUCUGUUCCAUCAAUAACAGAAAUAAAAGAUUUACAAACAAUUAAUAUAACAUUACGUUUAGAUGAUGAAGAACGUGUUUUACCAUCGAUUAUUAAUGAAGUUUUAAAAUCUGUUUCUCAAUUUGAUGCUAUUGAAUUGAUUACACAACGUACACUUAUUUCUCGACGUAUUAGUGAAUUAUUAAUAGAACGUGCUGCUCAAUUUGGUUUAUUACUUGAUGAUAUUUCGAUUACACAUUUAAGUUUUAGACCUGAAUUUACAAGUGCUGUUGAAUUAAAACAACGAUUUUUAGUCGAAAAAGCGGAACAAAGUCGUCAAGCAAAUGUUAUUGCAGCAGAAGGUGAUGCUCGUGCAGCUGAUUUGAUUGGCAAAGCUUUAGAUGAAGUUGGUGAUGGUUUGAUCGAAUUUCGACGAAUUGAAGCCGCUGAAGGUAUUGCAAAUCAAUUAUCAAAAUCAAGAAAUAUCGUCUAUUUAUCACACGGUUCUCAAAUGUUACGUAACAUUACUGGUGCUAUGCAAUAA